AUGAAAAAAUUGGAUGCGCCUGUAUCGUUUACUGAAAGUGAGUCGGCUACGGUUGGGGUGGAUAGCGACAGGUUCGUCGCCUUCGGAAUCAAAUUCGUCAACACGGCAGGCCCCGAGAAUCACCAAGCAGUUGCGUUCCGCGCCACGGGCGACCAAUCAGCGCUCUUCGACUGCGCAUUCGAGGGAUCGCAGGAUACACUGUAUGUGGACGCGGGCCGGCAGUACUACAAAAACUGCUACAUUGGCGGCUCGCAGGAUUUCAUUUUCGGCGACGCGGCCGUUGUUAUCGACGCGCCGAAAAUUCAGCUACACCCGAGCCCCUCUUUUGUGACUAUAACGGCGUCGGGACGGGCUAAGGAUACCCCGACGGGGAUCGUGAUUCGCGACGCUAAUAUCGCGGCGGACAGCGGUACUACCGAGGUGUAUCUGGGCCGUCCGUGGAAGAAAUGCGCCUUCACGGUUUUCAUCAAUGCGAAUCUCCCCGCGGUGAUCGAGAAGGACGGGUGGCUGUCGUGGAACGAGGGCAGCUGCAUGUUUCUCGCGGAGGCGGGCAGCACGGGGCCGGGCGCUUCGUCUCCCCGCGCGGACUGGGUGGACCCUGGGAUCAUCACGGACGUCAGCGGAUAUGACGCCAACACUUUCACCGAACCAGAGAUGGGAGGGCUCGGGGUCGGUUCAGGGUUGAUUGCAGGGGCGGGGAUCGGUAAAGGGGCAGGAGAUGGGAUUGGGCCCGGAGGGGGAGGAGACUUGGGGCUCGGAGAAGGAGGAGGCGACUUGGGGUUGGGCGGAGGAGACUUGGGGUUGGGCGGAGGAGAGUUGGGGUUCGGCGGAGGAGAGUUGGGGUUCGGCGGAGGAGACUUGGGGUUCGGCGGAGGAGAGUUGGGGUUCGGCGGAGGAGACUUGGGGUUCGGCGGAGGAGACUUGGGGUUCGGCGGAGGAGACUUGGGGUUCGGCGGAGGAGACUUGGGGUUCGGCGGAGGAGACUUGGGGUUCGGCGGAGGAGACUUGGGGUUCGGCGGAGGAGACUUGGGGUUCGGCGGAGGAGACUUGGGGUUCGGCGGAGGAGACUUGGGGUUCGGCGGAGGAGACUUGGGGUUCGGCGGAGGAGACUUGGGGUUCGGCGGAGGAGACUUGGGGUCCGGCGGAGGAGACUUGGGGUCCGGCGGAGGAGACUUGGGGUUCGGCGGAGGAGACUUGGUAACCGGCGGAGGAGACUUGGUAACCAGCGGAGGAGACUUGCUAACCGGCGGAGGAGACUUGGUAACCGGCGGAGGAGACUUGGUAACCGGCGAAGGCGAAGGGGAGUUGGGACCCAAAUCAGGCACGGCAAUAGCGGUGUCUGCUGGCUUGUCGUGCGGCGUCCGCCCCUUGACCCUGCCUUGCGAUUUCAGGACAGUGUCCGAAUCAGGCACGGCCGCAGCGGUGUCACUUGCCAUGAUGAUGAUGUCGCCCGGCGCAAUUUACGGAACGUUAUUGGAGCGGUUCGACUUAGUGUAG